AUUACAGGCAGCCUCGGGGCAGACACAGAGGAGCGGUUGGUGGAGCAUCUCCUAAACCCAGCCCACUACAACAAACUGAUCCGUCCUGCCACUAAUGGCUCUGAGUUGGUUACUGUGCAGCUGAUGGUGUCGUUGGCCCAACUCAUCAGUGUGCAUGAAAGAGAGCAGGUGAUGACCACAAAUGUCUGGCUAACACAGGAGUGGCAGGACUAUCGUCUGACUUGGGUCCCUGAGGAGUUUGAUGGAAUGAUGAAGGUCAGACUGCCCUCAAAACACAUCUGGCUGCCUGACGUGGUGCUCUACAACAAUGCCGAUGGGGUGUACGAGGUGUCAUUCUACUCUAAUGCAGUGGUCUCCCACGAUGGCAGUAUCUUCUGGUUGCCCCCAGCGAUCUAUAAGUCAGCCUGUAAAAUCGAGGUGAAACACUUCCCCUUUGACCAGCAGAAUUGCACACUGCGCUUCCGCUCCUGGACCUAUGACCGCACCGAGAUUGAUCUGGUGCUGCGUGCCGAUGUGGCCAGCAUGGAUGACUUCACACCCAGCGGAGAGUGGGACAUCAUCGCCCUGCCAGGUCGGCGAAACGAGAACCCUGCUGACCCCACCUACGUGGACAUUACAUAUGAUUUCAUCAUCCGCAGGAAGCCUCUUUUUUACACCAUUAACCUCAUCAUCCCAUGUGUACUUAUCACGUCAUUGGCCAUCCUGGUCUUUUACCUGCCCUCUGACUGUGGUGAGAAGAUGACGCUCUGCAUCUCUGUGCUGCUGGCGCUCACUGUGUUCCUGUUGCUGAUCUCCAAGAUCGUCCCACCCACUUCGCUAGAUGUCCCUCUUGUGGGGAAGUACCUGAUGUUCACCAUGGUUCUGGUCACCUUCUCUAUUGUCACCAGUGUGUGUGUGCUCAACGUGCAUCACCGCUCACCCACCACACACACCAUGCCCCCUUGGGUUAAACUGGUGUUUCUCAACAAACUUCCUGCUCUGCUCUUCAUGCGCCAGCCCAGAAACAGCUGCGAGCGCCAGCGGCUGCGCCAAAGACGGAGGGCCCAGGAGCAGAAGGAGGGUGGGCGCAGCGGAGAGGCAGGGGCCUUGAUGGUGGGGCUCGGGCUGGGCAGCGCUGGCGGGAAUGGAGGAGGAUCUUCCACAGGGGUGUUUGGCAAGGAGGACAGUGACCCUUGUACGUGCUAUGUGAACCGGGCAUCUGUUAAACAGUUUGGAGGGGAUCUUGGAGGUGCAGGAGGGGGAUCCAUGGAUGGUCUGAACAGGGUGAGGGAGAGCCGGGAGGGGGGCUCUGGAAACCUGCCACGGGGGAAGCAAGCAGGAGGCGGUCCUGCUCUGACUCAGGCCCUGCUGGCUCAAGCUUGUCCAGGCUUUGAAGAGGCUGUGGAAGGGGUGCGCUUCAUCGCCAACCACAUGAAGAGUGAGGAUGAUGAUCAGAGUGUGAGCGAGGACUGGAAAUACGUUGCCAUGGUGAUCGACCGCCUCUUCCUGUGGAUCUUUGUGUUUGUGUGUGUGUUCGGCACAAUGGGCAUGUUCAUGCAACCGCUCUUCCAGAAUUACACAGCCAAGACUAUCAACAUGCCAGGCUGA